GGCGGCAGGGUGAACUGCGUGCGCUGGGCACGGCGGCGGGACGGCGCAACUGAAACAGAGUUAGUUUCUGGUGCAUCUGAUAAAAAGCUCAUUCUCUGGGAGUGGAAUGGGACAGGAGUUUGGAAUGAUCAGCUUGUGAAAAGCGUUCCUCUUGAAGGCCAUACUGAAGCUGUUUGUGCUGUGGAUGCUAUCUACCAGUCAGAUGAACCUGAUUUAAAUCUGUUAAUAGCUUCUGCAGCAUCUGACUCUACUGUGAGAAUCUGGUCUCGACAUAAUUCAGAAGUUAAAUGCAUUGAGGUUCUGCAGUUUGGAAAUGGAUUUGUUAUGGGUGUUUCCUUAUCCUUCUUGCCCGGCAGCAAUGUACCAAUACUGGCUUGUGGUGGUGAUGACUGCAAAAUAAAUUUGUUUAUACAGCAGAAUGGUCAGUUUCAGAAAACAGUAAUACUCCCUGGCCAUGAAGAUUGGAUAAGAGGCGUUGAAUGGGCGAUCUGUGGUGAUGAUCUAUUCUUAGCAAGCUGUGCUCAGGAUUGUUUGAUAAGAAUUUGGAAAGUGUGUUCAAAAUCAAAGCAGUUUUCAGAAAUUGAAGAUGAUACCAUCAGACUGAAAGAGAAUGUUUUUACUGUUAAAGAUACUGAUACAACGUACGCAAUUACUUUGGAGUCUGUGCUGGCUGGCCAUGAAAAUUGGGUGUAUGCAGUCCACUGGCAGCCUUCCUUUUCCAAAGUAGGUGGCAGCAUGCAACAACCAAUGAGGAUAUUGUCUGCAUCGAUGGACAAAACUGUGAUCAUCUGGGAACCUGAUAAGGAGUCCGGAGUUUGGCUAGAACAGGUGCGGGUAGGUGAAGUGGGUGGUAAUACCCUUGGAUUUUUUGACUGCCAGUUUAGUCCAGAUGGUUCAAUGAUCAUUGCUCAUGCUUUUCAUGGAGCAUUCCACCUUUGGAAACAGGCUUCAGUUAAUAAGAAAGAAUGGACUCCAGAAGUUGUGAUUUCAGGACAUUUUAACAGUGUUGAGGAUGUACAGUGGGACCCAGAAGGAGAAUUUAUCAUCAGUGUUGGUUCUGAUCAAACUACUAGAUUAUUUGCUCCAUGGAAAAGAAAACAUGAGACACAGGUAACCUGGCAUGAAAUAGCCCGGCCUCAAGUACAUGGGUAUGACAUGCGUUGUCUGGCAAUGAUUGGCAGGUUUCAGUUUGUGUCAGGAGCAGAUGAAAAAGUGCUUCGAGUUUUUUGUGCUCCUAAGAAUUUUAUAGAAAAUUUCAGUAACAUCACUGGUAUUCCAAUGGAGAAGCUGUGUUCCCAUCAAUCUUCUGACCUUCCAGAAGGUGCAACUGUGCCAGCACUGGGUUUAUCCAAUAAGGCUGUUUUUGAAGGAGAUAUAUCUGCUCAAGUAGCUGAGGAUGAAGAAACGUUUAAUACUAUUUCUAAUCAGUAUCCUGAGAUAUAUUUUCAACCCCUGAUCCUUACAGAACCUCCUCAAGAGGAUCACUUGCUGCAGAAUACAUUGUGGCCUGAAAUUCAGAAGUUGUAAGUUUUCUUU